AUGGGCGAGCAUGUCUUGUUCUUCUACGGAACACUAAUGGCCCCUCAAAUCCUCCACCGCGUAAUCCACGGCAACCCAUCGCCUGAACCAUGGCAAAAAGCCCUCUUGACAUUCAAGCCUGCCGUGCUGCACGGAUACCGAAGACAUCGGGUCCGCGGGGCCGAUUACCCAGGGAUUAUCAAAGUACCGGGGUCCUCGGAGGGGUCGAGUUUGGAUGAAACGUCGAAUUCUACGACAGGGACGGCGUCAGCGUCAGGGUCAAGCUCAGCACCACAAUCACAGACACACACAGGAGCACAGAAAGAUCCAGAAGGCUCCGUCCUCGGCACCGUCGUCUCCGGCCUCACAGACGGCGAUAUCCACCGCCUCAACAUCUUCGAAGGACCGGAUUACGUGAAAGAGCCCGUGAACGUGCGAAUCCUGCAGGAAACACUCAGCAUGGACGGCUCUUCCCACGGACUAGCGCACGCGCACGACGACAGCGACGGCGGCAAACAUCUUCGGGACGUGCUGGAUGCGGCGGGGGCGGAGUUUGCGGAUGAAGGGGAGGAGGUGAGAGCGGAUACUUAUGUGUGGGUUGGUGGGGAGGGGAAGUUGGAGGAGGCGGAGUGGGAUUUUGAGGCGUUUAAGAGGGAUAAGAUGGCUUGGUGGGUGGGGGCUGAUGAGAGUGAGUGGUAG